AUGGCUGCAUUGAAACCGGAAUGCAACGUUCAGGUUAUCAUUGAUGCUGGUGGCAUGGGCCUCAGCAUUGCACGGCGCCUUGCAAAUGGAUAUCGGCUGCUAAUCGCUGAUUUUUCAAGCACAAAUCUAUCUGCUGCUGUGGAAAGUCUUCGCGAUGAUGGAUAUGAUUUGGCAUUGACCGCUGCCAAAAUUGGGAGGAUCUUCGCUGUCGUCCAUACGGCUGGAGUCUCACCUGCAUCCGCCGCAGGAGAACAGAUUUACGAAGUGGACCUGCUCGGUACAGCGAAUUUGAUAGACGCCUUUUUCCGUGUCGCCUCCGCUGGCACCUCUUUGAUCUGUGUGGCGAGUAUGGCGGGCAAUUUUGCUCGCUUGUCACCAGGUCUGGAGUCCCAUCUGCAACGGCUUCUCCAGCAUGAUGAGAUUGCUCUGGAAUCCUCCCAUCCCCAUGUUGCAUAUACAGUGGCAAAGCGAGGAAAUCAACUUCGCGUGCAAGGUGCUGCACGGCAUUGGGGUAGCAAGGGUGCGAGGCUGAACAGCAUCAGUCCUGGUGUGAUAUCAACCGCAGCCGGUCGACGGGAACUUCAAGGCGAGAACGGAGCGAUAGCAUUGAUCGAGAUGUCUGCAACUCGGAGAGCUGGUACGCCGAGUGAUAUUGCCGGCGUUGUCGCCUUUUUGGCAGGCCCGGACUCGUCUUUCAUCACCGGCACAGAUAUACUUGUUGAUGGUGGUGCCGUUGCUGGUCGCCGUUGGAAUGCAGGUAUUUGA